UCCAGACGUUUGCGUUUACCUCCACAAACGUCUGGACGCUUUCUAUAAUAAAAUAUUUUUUACGCGAGAUGGCGUGAAAUCCAAAAUGGCGACGCCCAUGAAGAGAAACGAGUACUUCGUAGUACCAGAUAAAACUGUGUGUGUUGCUUGCAGUAAAGAGUCAAAACAGAGAUACUUUGUGAGAACGAAACAGGGAUGUGCGGGACCUAGUUUAAAGUUAGUUAAUAAGUUUUAUGGUGCUUGUUUUGACCGAGUGGAAAAUGAUGGCGCAUUUCUUUGCAUUGGUUGCAAAAGGCUGACGGAGAGAAUUUUAGAAAUGGUGUCCAAAUCGGAGGAAUUAACCACUUCUUUAAAUAAUACGUCUCAGAAGUUCAAGCUCAUGCAUGUCACAAAGAGAGCGAGGGUAGAGACACCAGGCAGAGCCAAAUCAGAGAAAUGUUCUCGAAUUAAAACACCGCAGCUGAAAUCCCCUUAUAUGAAAUCAUUUAGCGGUGCUUCCUCCAGUAAAAGCAAGCGAAGUUUAGAUUUCAGUCAAUCUGAUGUUAAAGACGUCCUUGAUACUGCUGUGCAGUGUGAACUUGUUGGUGUACAGCGUGUGUCAGAGAAGAAAGAAGUUCACCAGUAUUACAGCAUUAGCCACAAGAGAAAUCUCCAGCCUGCUGUCCGAUGCCUUACAUCUGGUAGUAUCAGGAAGGGCAUGCGACUUUUACUGACAAAUGCUGAUGCAACAGUGAAAGAGAAAGCAGUUGCAGGUGUAACAGAUGUAAUACGUCAAGAGUGCAGGAUGUUACAGAAAGAUGUAUUCCAAACAUCAAAAGAUUCCUUGGAAUUCAGUUUGAGUGAAACAACAGACUCUAUCAAGACUAUGCCAAUUACUUGGUGUGUUCUUAACACUGUAGCUGAGAAUAAGAAUAAAGUUAGUGACAGUACAAAAGUAACUACUGCUGCGUGUUUGCUGUUAAAUUCCAGAUCAAAGUUCAUGAGUAAGCUGCAGCAUAAUGUUGCUGUUUCUCUAUAUAAUAACCAUCUUCAAAAGGAAGGUUUUGAAGUUCUGCAUAAAUUGGGAAUUACUGUUGGACAUUCCACUUUACAAAGAACUCUAAAUAUUGCUGCUGCUUCUUCAGAUGAAAAAAUAUAUGCACUAAAAUCUCGGGUAGAGGAGAACAGACAUAUUGAAGUGCAAGUGAGUAAUAAUCAAAAAGUGGAUCACGACUAUGCAGCACCAGCAGAUGGUAGUGUUGUGAAUGAUGCUGACUUUGAGCCUGGCUAUAGAUUUAACUUGGACAAUUUAGACUUUUAUCUACGUGUCAGAGACAUGACAGAGACACACCAGAAUCAAAGCAAACAUUAUGUGCAAAUCAUGGCAGUGAAAGAUCGAGUAAACUGUGAGCAUCUUCCUGAUGAACAUCCUAUAGGUGACCUGAAUCAGGUGGAAAACCAACAACUCAUGCCGUCAGCUGAAGACAACAAUGACUUAAGAGAGGAUAUGAUCCACAUCUUAUCACUGACUCUAAUCCAGCAUCUUGUAACGUUUUUACAAAGUACAAAUACUUAUUUAAUAGGUCCGCUUAGGAUUCCUUCCUAA